ACCGCCCGCCGCCGGGGACCGCGGGGGCCGCUGGGCUCGCCCCGCCUCGAGGAGUCAGGGGUCACCGGAUGGCGGCGGCUUGCUCCCCGUAGCGGAUACCCGGGUGCUGGGCCGAUGGCGCCGGCGGAGCGCUGCCCCCUGUGCCGCCAGACCUUCUUCUGUGGUCGCGGGCACGUCUACAGUCGCCAGCACCAGCGACAGCUGAAGGUGGCUUUGGAGCGGCUUCUGCCCCAGGUGGAGGCCGCCCGCAAGGCCGUCCGCGCGGCUCGGGUGGAGCGUUACGUGCCUGAGCACGAGCGAUGCGUCUGGUGCCUGUGCUGCGGCCGCGAGGUGCGGAAACACCUGAGCCACGGAAACCUGACCGUGCUGCACGGGGGGCUGCUGGAGCAUCUGGCCAGCCCAGAGCACAAGAAGGCAACCAACAAAUUCUGGUGGGAAAACAAGGCUGAGUACCAGAUGAAGGAGAAGUUUCUGAUCUCCCCCCAGGAUUAUGCACGAUUCAAGAAAAACAUGGUGAAAGGUUUGGAUUCCUAUGAGGAAAAAGAGGAUGAGGUGAUCAAAGAGAUGGCCGCUCAGAUCCGUGCGGUGGAGCACAGCCGGCAGGAGGUGGUCCGGUCCGUCUUAGAGCCUCAGGCAGUGCCAGACCCAGAAGAGGGCUCUUCUGCACCUGGAAGCUGGAAAGGGACCAACAGCCAAGUAGCCUCCACCUCACAGUUGCCCUCAUACUUGGACUUGCCACCGGCCCCAGACCUUGAUUGGAUGGAGACAGGACAACCUCUGACAUUCAUUGGCCAUCAGGAUACACCAGGAAUUGGUAACAUCCACUCAGGUGCUACACCUCCCUGGAUGGUCCAAGAAGAGGAAUACAGUUCUGGGAACCAACAAAUAGGACCCUCCUAUGAAGAAUUUCUUAAAGAAAAGGAAAAACAGAAAUUGAAGAAACUCCCCCCCGACAGAGUUGGGGCCAACUUUGAUCACAGCUCCAGCACCAGUGUAGGCUGGCUACCCUCCUUUGGCCGGGUCUGGAAUAAUGGACGCCGCUGGCAAUCCAGGUUGGGUCCAGUGCCAGGAAGGACCCCAACCCACCACUCCUUUGGAGAGUUCACCCUUCACCCUCUUAAACCCCUGUUUCCUUUCAGGCAUCAAUUCAAAACUGAAGCUGCAGCAAGGAACAAACAGCAGUCACGUGAGGAAAAAAAUCCUGUGGUUUCUUGAUAAUUUUCCAACAACCAUACACAGCUCAAAACCAAGUUAAUAAACCCGUAUCUGCUUUUAUCCUUUGUAAUUGCCUUUCUAAGGAAACAGACAUACCACUUACUUGAUUUAAUAAAGUUUUAUUUUUCAAAGUGUA